AUGAUUUCCAGAACAAAAGUCGAUGACUACUUUGCAAAACGAAAUGAGUUGCUCGAGGAGCUCAGCGAGCUGGAGAAUACUGAAAAGUUUAUCAAGGAAACUGCCAAGACUAUUGACGAGUUGAAUAAAGAGAAGGAAGAGCAUUCGGAGAUUAUUCAGUUGAUAAACCAGGACAAAAGCGAUUUGGAACGGGAAAUUGCUGCGGCAGAGACGGAGAAAAAAGAUCGAGAGAGCAAAAUUGUUAAAAGAUACGAAGCACUGCUGAAAUUAAUUGAGUCCACAAAUGAGAAGCUUAAGGAAACUGGAUGUGAUAUUGCUUUGAGCCAAGAUGAUCUACCACAGACUCAUUUGAAAAUUGAACCCCCAGCAGCUCCAGUCACUCCGGUUCUAUCCGGCGGUCUUCCAUCUCCAUUUCCAAACUUCAACUUCCGAAAUUUGUUCCAACCAAUGCUACUUGAACAGCUUGGCAGUUUUUCGACAAAUUCACCGACCCCACAGUUCAGGCCACCACCGCAUAUGGCUGCAGCCAUGCAGCAUCAUCAACUUAAAGUCACCGAUCACCAGUCACCGCCAAUGAAGGUAGUUAAGAACUUUUUGUAGUAGAUUGGGUUACUGUAGGUUGCGUAGUUAGGAAAUUGUAAAAACUGGUAUUAUUGUAAAAAUAUUAGUUAUUUUGGAAAAAUGGUUAUUAUAGAAGUUGAGAUACACUAUGUAUAAAAACUAUGGUUAAUGUGAAAUAAAAUAAAAAUAUUAGGGUGUUCCUACGUGUACUGUAGAAAAAGAGGUAUUCUAUAGAAAGUUGCUGUGCAAAUAUAUAGACAAAAUUAUUUCAACUGGAGACGUUUUAAACAUAUGACAAAACGGUAGUACAUGAGAAAUGAUUUUUCCGGCAAAUCGGCGAAUUGCCGGAAUUGAAAUUUCCGGCAAAUCGGCAAACCGGCGAAUUGACGGCAUGAGAAAUAUCCGGAAAAUCGGCAAACCGGCAAUUUGCCGAUUUGCCGAAUUUGUCUAAAAAAAAUUGCCGAACGAAGAUUGCCCCUCACCCUUGGUACAACCAACUUUAUUGUAGUAUUGCUCCAGACCCUGUAUAGUUUUCCCCAACAUUUUCCCCAACAAAAAUUCUCGUUUCAGACUUGCCAAUCCUGCUACCAACAAAUUCACCGAAAUGCUCCAAUAUGCCCAAUGUGUAAGAGCAAAAGCCGGAGCAAGAAUCCAAAAAAACCAAAGAGAAAGGACGCUUGAAGAUUAUUUUUCUACCAUUUUUUAAAAAUUAUUUUUUGCAAUUACUUUGUGAUCUCCCUGAAGACAUAAAUGAAUAUUAAUG